AACAACAUCACACACUUUCUCUCUUUGUCUCUUCAGUAUUGAUUCGAUGUUUUUUCAUUUCGAAAAAUGUCUGCGAAGAAGCCUGAAGAUCAUGAACGAUAUCUGAACAAUGAUAAUGAGGAUGACGACGAUGACGAUGAAGAUGAUGAGGAUUAUUUGCCCAAUGAUGAUAACCACAACGAUGAUGAUGCCGGUCCGACCAGUGGUGAAGAUUCCGAUGUGACCGAUCAAGAAGCCGAUGAUGAUAAUGAUAAUGCAGAUGACAUUCCAGCAAAGAAAACUGCUGAAGAUGUGAAAAUUGAUACAAAUAAACUGGAUGAAUUGUGGAAUGAUUUCUGUAGCGAUCAAUCAUCAACAGCGGCCAAAUCAGAUGAUAAGAAAUCAGCAGAAUCUCCGAAAAAAGUCACAACGUUGACCAAACAAUAUGAUUUUGCCGGCGAAAUUGUUCUGAUUAAAGAAACGGUCGAUGCAUCAUCAGUUGCCAAAACUCCUAAUGUUGAUCAACAAUCAUCAUCAACAACAUCAGCAGCAGCGGAGAAUGGAAAUUCUAAUCAAGGCAUAAAACGCAGUGGCGGUCUUUCCGGUUUGUUGACGCAGUUGAAAAAGCCAAAAAUCAGUACACUGAAGAAAUCAUUACAUGAUUGGACCGAAUAUAAAGAAUCGAAUCGAUUGGACGAUGAAUUGGAUCAACAUCGACGAUCAAAAGGGUCAUUUUUGGAACGUCAGGCAUUCCUUUCCCGAACUGAUGUUCGUCAAUUUGAACAAGAAAAAUCUGUACGCGAUCGUCAACGUAAACUGCGUGAUUUGAAACAGCAACCAAAAUAAAUUGAUUAAAUAAAUAAAGCAUUAUAAAUGAA